UCGACUUGGAGAUGAGUUGCUGAGUUGUACAUGACCGUUGUCGAUUUUCUCUCUCAUGUGUGAUGUCGCUAGUUUAGCCAAAAUGCGGCAUGCAGACAUUUGUAGAAACUACAAGCAUCCAACUGUUAGCUGAUAAGGGGACCUUGAUGACUGAAAAUGAAGCUUGUAAUAUGUUUUUCAGAAGAAAAACCAAAACCCAACUAUGGUUUGUUCUCAAACUUGGAGGAAUUACUUUUAUAAUCUACUACGUUCUCCACCUACUCAAUAUCAGGAACACACUGUCACACUUUCCAGCGGAAGACAUCAAUAUUCAUGAUCAUGGAAUCGAAAAUGCACUAAGACAUUUUAGAGAGUCUGAUCCACAGAUACCUUUGAAGGACUGUCCAGUUCCUAGACUGACCAAUCGUCAUGGUAGUCCACGUUCUGGUAACUUUACACCGUCUGCCCACUGCAGGCGAGUGCCACCCGUUAAAGGGUCAUGUGACAUAGCUGACUCACUGUUCAAGGAUCGACCCAAGGGCACCUGUUCACACCAGGACCAAGUACAAAUAUGUGAUUUCCAGGGCAGCCCGAGGAAACUGCUCUGUAAGAUGACAAACUGUGAUAAGUUUCACCUGGGAACAAGAAGUCUUGAUACCGGCGUGUUGAAAUGGAGGGAAGUUGCGUCAGCCGAAAUGUUACAAAGUGAAAUUGUUGACCUACUUCAGACGUCCCACAGCGGCUACUGCUACAUUCGCUGUGAACGGCGGACAAGGAGCUGAACGUGGAGUAUCCCGACUUCGUGCAACAGUCCAGUGACAUGCAGAACGUGCAGCUACUUAUUCUGCCCCCUGUAGUCCAAGGCAGCAACAAACACAAAAUGGCAUCACCUUCUAUAAAUGUUAACUUCAUGUUUAUUGAUUCUGUUUCAAGACACCAUUUUUUUCGAUCUCUACCAAAGACUAUAAAACUGUUUGACAGACUUAACAUUGGAAAGGAUGCAGUGGUGUUAGACUUUGAGCUUGUACAGGCGGUGCGGUCAAGAACAUUUGAGACAUUAAGUAGUUUGUUUCAAGGCUAUGUCCCGCAGGGAGAUCAGACAUUUGGUGUAUUGGACAUGCCACCAAGAGCCCUCAAAAUUGAGGGUUUGUUUGGCUUGUUCAGGGAUGCAGGCUAUAGUACAUUAUGGUUGGAAGAUCUUUGUUUUGAAUGGGAGUGGGGCAUCUCUAAAGAUCUACUUGUGCAUAACAAAUCACUAACAACAGUAGAGACAUGGAAGAGUUUGAAGAAAGCUUUCAAUAAGGCUGGGAUUGAAUCAUUUGGUGUGUCGACAGCAAGCUGUGAGAUUCUGUACCAGAAUGGAGUCAAUGACCACUUCCAUGGGCCAGAUACUGUCUGCUUCAAUGGCCGACAUCAACACGAGUAUCUUCUAGAGUACUUAAAACUUUACCAGGACAUGAUGGCUGCCUCAAGUAAACCCUUUGUUACAUUCCUAGAAACAAACGUCGGCCAUGAGGACACUGGUAGGAGAAUACAACAGCUGGAUGAUCAUCUGGGCGAGUACCUGGCAUUCAUGGCCGACCAGGAGAAUACCCUCACUGUAGUCUUCUCCGACCAUGGUAAUGCCUAUGGAAAGUUUCUGGAUGAAUCCCCAGAAGGAAGGGUAGAACUCUACCAUCCUGCUCUCUUCAUGAUUGUUCCCACAUCAGUUGCAAAACAUCUCGGUCGGGACAAAAUGGCAGCCUUGACCUUGAAUCAGGGCCGUUUGGUCAGCCAUCUUGAUCUUCACUACACCAUUAGAUCUCUGAUCAGCAGCACAGCCCACAUUCCUGAAGUCAACAGACAGUACCUCGUCACCCCCACUGGGCUGUUCCACAACGUGUCGGAAUCACGUCAGUGUCUGAACGUUCCACAGAUUCCCCCCAACUUUUGUAUCUGUGCAGGAGGGGAGUCGCGGGUCAAAAACAACACCUUGUAUGUAGUGUACGCACACUUUGCUGUCGGCACCAUGAACAACGCCAUACAGGCACAGUUCCAUCAAGCUCAUCCAAGGGUUGUCACUGGAUUUGGCAGCUGUCGCAGACUGAGGUUGGCGGCCUUCCAACAUGUGAGAAAAGCUGUGCAUUCAGACAAGACAGUGUCCCUGACGAUGGACUUGUUGUUCGAGACAGGGGAUCCGUCCUACCCUCAUCAUGAAGUCUUCAUGGUCUCUGUCCACUCAAACAAUGGCCAGUUUGUCCUGAACAAGUUUGACCGCUUAUCUCCGUACAGUAAAUACUCCGUCUGUGUUGACAAGGGGGUACAGCUGCAGCUGUGUAUCUGCGACAUAGGCCGCAAGGUGGAAGUGGACAGCCUCAUGCCGCUGUCCAAUGCUGGCUUGCUACAGAGGCACGACCUACUGAUGCAUGCCAGCAUCGGGAAGGUGAAGGAUUCUCAGGACUGCUUGUGUAAGAUAAACCAAGAAAAUGAAGAUGGGCUGACGGUGUCUGUGAUGAACGUGUGCACUAACACCAGAAUACACGUCUCUGUUACCAUGGACACGGUUGAUAUGGAAGCGUUGACAAGCAAGUCUCCACAGGUGGAUCUACACCCUGGGGAAAUCAGAUUCCUGUUUGCUGGCGUGGCUAAGUCUGGGAAGACGUGGAACUGGUCUUACCAAUUACAGUUUACCCUUCACACCUGGCCUUGAUCUUCUGUAAUUGUUGUACAUAUUAAUGGCAGCUAUUUAUUGAAAUAACUUGGGAUGUCUGGUUGUUUCUGAUUCAGACGAGUUGAUUGGUCAGUUAAUGCAGUGUUACUGCUCUAUCAAUACUGUUCUCGAUGUAACUGGAUAAUGCCAUUCACUGUUCAAACUGUCAUUGAUGUGUAACAAUGGAAACCUGGCAUCAGGUACUUAAUAUGAUAUUCAGUAUUUCCAGUUGUGCAGAUGUGCCUUUAUAUUGGUGAUUUCAGACAUAUCGAAUUAACAUUUAGAUUUUUUGGCAUUUUUGUGAACAGUUUGUUAGCCUGUCUCAAGAACAUUACAAAAGCUUUGUGGACUGGGAUUGCUGGAAUUAUUUCAUUUCAUGAUUUUCAGUCGAUGAAGACAAGAAGGGUUAUUAACAGUGUUGAUGUUAUUUUCACCUUGAAUGUAUUUCUCUCAAGAACCAUUAGAUAUCUUCCUUGUAUUUGGGACCUGAUGGGCUUUCUUUGUCCCUGCAAA